AUGAAUGUUCUCUCAUCAUUGUUGAAUGUUGCUGUUAAGCAUGGUGUGUUUAGGUUCCACCCAAAAUGCAAAAAAAUCUCCCUUGCUCAUCUCUGUUUUGUUGAUGACAUUUUCAUUUUCUGCCAUGGAUCAUUAGAGUCUGUUUUGGGAGUUAUUAGCAUUUUAGACAGAUUCUAUGAACUUUCUGGCUUAAGGCUUAAUGCUAUGAAGUCUGAAUUGUUUGCUUGUGGGGUGCCUUGGUGUAGUCUGGAUCUGAUUUGUACAGCUACUGGUUUUAAAAAUGGCCAGCUGCCUGUUAGGUACUUGGGUGUGCCUUUGGUCACUCGAAAACUUUCUAGCAAGGAUUGCUCAACUUUACUUAGCAGGCAACUUGUCUUGCCCAAGGGUGUCAUCAGAGAUAUUGAAAAAUUAUGUAUGAGGUUUUUUUGGAAAGGAUGUAAUACUUCAGCAAGGGGGGCUAGAGUGAGCUGGAGUCAGCUGAUGAUGGCUCUUUGUGGAUUGCUUGGCUUAAAACUUAUUGUUUCAAGUCUAUGGAUUUUUGGACAGUUGACUAUUAAGGGUGCAUGGAUCUGGGACCAAAUCCGUGAGAGGCGGGUCAAGGUUGAUUGGCACAGAUUGAUUUGGUUCCCAGCUCAUGUCCUAAAAUUCUCUAUUGUGGCCUGGAUGGUGAUUCUAGAUAGGCUACCUACCAAGGACAUAUUAGCCAGAUUUGGAAUUCAGGUUGAUAAUAUUUGUGGUCUAUGUGGAAUUGAGCAGGAAUCUCGGAAUCAUAUGUUUUUGGAAUGUUCCUUUGCAAGAGAGGGUAAAUCCCUUCUUGUUCGUAUUCUCAAGAUUGCUUGGACUGGUUUUGUCUAUAUUCUUUGGGAGGAACGUAAUCAUAGGCAAUUUAGAGGAGGCUAUGUCUAG